GGCCGCCGUUUGCAGGAGGUUGUGGAUAUUUUGUGUUCGAGCCAUGGUGAUUGAUUGGGGGCUGUAGGGGGGACAGUCACACUUGCGCCAUGGCUGGAGGACAUGAUGCAGAGCAUGCUUGAUAUCAUUUGGGAGUUGGAGGAGGAGCCGACUCCUUCGCUGGAGGAGUUUGUUGAUUGGCAUCAAGCUGACUCGCUCAUGCACAGAUGCUACGGCAUCUUUAGGAACGGUCAGGAUCGUUGUGCAGCUUUGGAGGCGGGAUUGUCGCCUGCGACAACAAUUGAAGACAACAGAGGCAGCAACAGCUUCAACACCAACAUGGACUGCAACGACAGUAACGACAAUGACAAUAACAACGAUAAUAACAUCAACAACAACAACAACAACAACAACAACAACAAUGAGCUCACGAUUAUCAACUACAACUCUCUUGGUGUCUUGAACGACAACUGUGGAGGUGACAUUGCUAGCAGAGGGAUCGUCGUUGGAGGUGGCGAGAACAUCAAUGAAAACGGCGGCAAUGACGAUAACAUUUUCAACAACAACAACGAGAACAACAACAACAACAUCAACAACAACAACAACAACAACGACAACAACAACAACAAACAACUCAAGAAUAUUGACCACAGUUUCCUUGCUGACGACAACUGCGGAGACGAAAUUGACGGCAAAAGGCUCGUCCACGAUAACUGUGGAAAUGAAAUUGUUGGUCAAAGGAUCGAUGAUAAUACCGGUGUUAUUGGGAUCGACGGCGCAAUUGCUGGUUGGCAGCGGAUGGGCGUGGGUUAGUUGGCGAGGAUUGGAGUUGUCCGGUCCGCAACUCCAAUCACGCAGGGGGGGUGGCCUCUCUGGCGGUAGGGGGACUGGUUAGGGUUUUCUUCGAUAUCCCUGUCUUGUGUUUGAUAAUUACUAUACAGUGUUUGAUGACCGUUUCCCUAGGAUGGUUGAUGCGGAGGCUUGUCAUUACGGUUAGGGUUGGGGUGUUGGGAAACGAUUGUAGUUUCUGGCUCUGCCGUGUUUCCCUCCCCCCUCGUUUGCUGAUGACCACUUUGCCUACUGGCGGAUGGGUGGAGCACGGUAGGGUAAGGAAGGCACGAUUUCUGAGCAGCUAAUCCCCUUUCUCGAGGACAAUCAAUGCUGCUCAUCAUC